GUAGUGUCUAUUUGAUAGUGCAGUUAAAAUGCCUUCAUUCCAUAGGUCGUUAGAUAUCUCUAUAGCUAAGUUAAAACAUAUAUUCGAUCUACAGACGUGUUUUAGCUCUUAGCAGUCAGCUCUAGAGUAAGGUAGUUCUUUUAUGGCAACUGCUAAAGCAAGCAAUGGUGUCAGCAUGUACUCAAAUAACAUCGGAGGCCGCAAAAAUCAACCACCACCAAUCCCAGUGUCCCUCCCUCAUAUCAGUGUGCCUGGAAACUCGGAGGAGGAUGCAAAGAGAAGUCUCUCGAGGUGUACCUCUCUACCCAAUGACAUUGAUGCAACUGUAACAGUCCAGCUAAGGAAUACGUCCUCUCGAUCUAGAAGGAAAGCUCAACUGCAGAGGAACUCAGUAGCUAUUACAAGUAGUGAUUACUACAAUCAGAGGAGGCCGCAGGUUUCUCAACUGGCUGUCAAACAACAACUGCAUGUCCCACUGCGAACCACUACAGCUCCACAGUCACUGCAUCCAAUUACUGAGAGUGAAAAAGAAGAGUACAUGAACAAACGCUCAUCAAUGGUGGCUGACAUACACGACCUUAAUGGAUUGCAAAUCACAGAUGCAAGGCUGUUUCGUUAUCGCUCUAACUCUUCCAUUGCUAUCUCGCGACCCACCACCCCUCAAAUCACUAUCCCACAAGUAGGCAGAAUCAAGAGGCAUCCUUCGAAUGCAUCAACCAUAAACUCGAUUGGUCGAGCAGACUCAAUGCUAUCUCUGACGGACAGUCAUUACACCCCAUCCCCUGGUACUCCUCUACGACAGUUAUCUUCUCUCAAGAUGAACCCGCAAGCAGUUCCACUCACUGCUGCUACAGAGCAUCAGUUCCUACCACUUUAUAUCAACGCUGAGUCAGGCCAAAUGUAUAUGUUUGAGGACGGCUAUUACGUACCAAUAACUCAUGACAAUAUGAUUACGUUCCAGGAGAUGUCUAUCAACAAACCUCCUAUACCAGAUCGUCGCCAAAAGGAUUCUACAGUGAGCUCUCAACCACAACCCUCCAGAAGGAGGGCUCCUCCCCCACCCCCUAGUAGGAUAAUGACAGCACCCUCCGAUUACCUCCUCUUUGUACAGAUCUUAAUUAUCAUGUUUACUCUGUGUCUCAAUCUUCCCGUUCUCAUCCUCUGCUCUUUACCAGCUCUCAUUUGUUCUCUGCAGGUGAGGAAGGCAAACAGGAAUGGAUAUUACGAAGCAGCCAAGAAGGGAUCCGAGUGUGUGAUGUGUUUCAGCAUCCUUGGGAUAAUCUUCCAUGUGUUUGCUAUACUAGCUGUUAUAGCAACAUUUCUCUUACUGCAUUUCUUAGGAGGAUAUUUUACUUUACAAUAACAGAUAAUGUGUUUCUGUUUAUGUUUAAUUGUUAAUUAAUUUUUGUCACAACUUUUUCCUAAUAACCGCGGCUUACAAAUGAGACAAUAAG